GCAUGGGCAGACAGGGAGAGCAAGAAAGAAGGGGGGAAAAGGCUGACAGCUGAGUGUAGAGCGAGCCACGGUAGAGAGGGAGUGGCGCAGGAAGGCGGGAGCAGCUCGGAGAACGAUCAGAAAUCCAAAGACAAAUGAGCUGGAAUUGGAGAGGAGUCCUUAAAUAAGUGGCAGAACCUGAGAGCAGGGAGAAGACCCAGCAGGGUCUUUAAGAUCAAGAGCUGCGGCGGCACAAGAAGACAGAACAACAGGGGGGAGCAGAAUCCUGGCAUCAGUAGAUGACUAUUACUCUGCGAGUUGUUUGACCAGGCUGGUUUCCACGGCGACGACAUGGGUGCAGUGGUGGGCACUUUGACCAUGCAGACCAAGCAGAGAAGACCAUCCAGAGACAAGCUGGACGAUGAGCUGGAGUUGACGAUAGUGUGUCACAGACCCGAGGGCCUCGAGCUUCUGGAAGCCCAAACUAACUUCACCAAACAGGAGCUGCAGAUCCUCUAUCGUGGUUUCAAGAAUGAAUGUCCGAGUGGAGUCGUAAAUGAGGAGACAUUUAAACAAAUUUACUCCCAGUUCUUCCCUCAUGGAGAUGCCAGCAUGUAUGCACAUUACCUUUUCAACGCAUUUGACACAUCAAACAAUGGCGCCAUUAAGUUUAAGGACUUUGUCAUGGGGAUGUCUAUACUGCUGCGGGGGACACUGAGGGAAAAGCUGGAGUGGACGUUUCACUUGUAUGACAUUAACAGAGACGGAUACAUAAACAGAGAAGAAAUGACUGAGAUCGUGAGGGCCAUUUAUGACAUGAUGGGAAAGUACACCUACCCUGCACUGAAGGGGGAUGUCCCACAGCAGCAUGUGGAUGCCUUUUUCCAGAAAAUGGACAAAAACAAAGAUGGAGUGGUGACUUUAGAGGAGUUUGUUAUAGCCUGUCAGGAGGAUGAAACCAUGAUGAGAUCCAUGCAGCUGUUUGAAAAUGUCAUGUAGGGCAAGUAGAAACGAUGGAGACAAAGACUUGGCAAAUGAGACAACUCGCUGUUGGUGCAUGUGUGCGGAUGCGUAUAAUACAUCCAGUCCAGUCCAGUCUAGUCCAGUCCAGUCCAUCCUUCUACUCCCAUCUCAUCCAGCUGGCGUCAGGAUACAGCCAAACCCACAGAGACUCCACUGAAGGCACUGGACUGGAAUGCUGUUUAGCGUCGUUAUGGCGUUUUCACCACAGAAUACAAAGUGACUGGGACCCAACACACCACCCUCAGUUCUCUCUCACGGACUGAAGCUUGACUUGUUAAAGAUGAAGAUGCUCCGGCACUGCAAAGCUGCUCCUGAUCAGUAAGCAGCAUAAUUGCAUGUUGGUAAGUGCUUUUUGGCUUUAACUCCAAAGGUUGCUAUGGGAAUUUGGCCAUAAGGAUUUCUAUAGUCAUCUCAUGAUGCGUCACACACCAAUUUUGACCUGGCUGUUGCUUGCCUGCGAAGUCAAUUUGUUUCUUGUUGUUCGGUGUCUCUCGGUGUACAGUUAAAGAAAUUUGAAACAGCACAUUUUGUGGGUCUUAUACUGUGUUUUUGUGGCCAAGUCUUUCUGUUUUGUUUGAUGUUUUUGUGAAAAGAAAGAAGUGGCUUUAUAAAGUUCCUUUAUACUGUAUUUUUACCUGGUGUCUUGCGUCUUGUGGUCCAAUCAGUGUGUCAGAAAAAAAAAGUAUUGUGAUAUAAAUGUGAGUACAUUUUGAGAUGAAAUUAAACAUGUGAAAUCAUUUUGAAGUCAACAGGGGAAAAACAAAUGUUCUCGUUUUGCACACGUGAUCAUUUAUUGACAAAAUAGCAACGGAAGCGCUCUCCUGAGAACACAGUAGGAUGGUGGUUACUGCCUAAAAAAUCUGGAUGAAAUCCAGUUCCUGAUGACGGCUCCAUCUGUACAUGUGAACAUGUGGCACUGUUUCCUCCGUCCAAACCAAAUCCAUGUUGUCACACUGAUGUACAAACAGGAAAUGUUGCCUCCUACAGAUGGAUUGUCUGUGAGUCAUGAUGUGUUUAAAAGCAGCAUAACAGAAAUCUCACUGGGCUACAAAGUAGUUUUAGACACUAAAAUAUUAUAAAUUAUAAAUGUUUUUGGAGCUGCUCUUUGCUGUGUGAUACAUCCAUCGUGGUUUAGAGCAGAGCUGUUUUAUGUCACAAGCAGUAAAAAACAAGAAGUUAAGCCAUACAAUAAAUAUUUACAUUUUUAAA